AUGCAGCACUAUGGGGUGAAUGGCUACUCCCUGCACGCCAUGAAUUCGCUCAGCGCCAUGUACAACCUGCACCAGCAGGCGGCCCAGCAAGCCCAGCAUGCCCCUGACUACCGGCCUUCCGUGCACGCCCUCACGCUAGCUGAGCGCCUGGCCGGCUGUACAUUUCAAGACAUCAUCUUGGAGGCCCGCUAUGGUUCCCAGCACCGCAAACAGCGUCGCAGCCGCACAGCAUUCACAGCUCAGCAGCUCGAAGCCCUGGAAAAGACCUUCCAGAAGACUCACUACCCAGAUGUGGUGAUGCGUGAGAGGCUGGCCAUGUGCACCAACCUUCCUGAGGCCCGGGUGCAGGUGUGGUUCAAGAACCGCAGGGCAAAGUUCCGGAAGAAGCAGCGCAGUCUGCAGAAAGAACAGCUCCAGAAGCAGAAGGAGGCUGAGGGCUCCCAUGGGGAAGGCAAGACGGAAGCCCCAACCCCAGACACCCAGCUGGAGACUGACCAGCCCUCCAGUCUGCCCAGUGGUGACCCUGCUGCUGAGCUUCACCUGAGCCUGUCCGAGCAGUCUGCCAGUGAGUCAGCCCCAGAGGAUCAGCUGGACCGUGAGGAGGACCCUCGGGCAGGGGCUGAGGACCCCAAAGCUGAGAAGAGCCCUGGGGCCGAGAGCAAGGGUCUGGGCUGCAAGAGGGGCAGCCCCAAGGCAGAUUCCCCAGGCAGCCUGGCCAUAGCGCCUGCAGCCCCAGGGGGCGGCCUCUUGAGCCCCUCCCAUUCCUACUCCUCGUCCCCACUGAGCCUCUUCCGUCUGCAGGAGCAAUUCCGCCAGCACAUGGCGGCCACCAACAACCUGGUGCACUACUCAUCCUUUGAAGUGGGGGGCCCAGCCCCCGCUGCCGCCGCAGCUGCUGCUGCCGCUGCUGUGCCCUACCUGGGUGUCAACAUGGCGCCGCUGGGCUCUCUGCACUGCCAGUCCUACUACCAGUCCCUGUCAGCAGCUGCUGCUGCCCACCAGGGUGUGUGGGGGUCCCCACUGCUGCCUGCGCCCCCAGCAGGCCUGGCACCUGCCUCGGCUGCCCUGAACAGUAAAACCACAAGCAUUGAGAACCUGCGGCUCCGGGCCAAGCAGCACGCAGCCUCCCUGGGACUUGAUACACUGCCCAACUGA